UCCGGACGGAAGUACAGAGCGCCAUGGAUCCGAGGGGCGCCUUCCUGUUCCUGGCGGUGUCGGCGAUUUGGCUGAGUGGGUCCGUUCGCCCAGCGGCUUUGGAGGCUGAUAAGGCCCAUGAAUGCAGGAGGGAAAGUGGACGCUGCGUUCCAGAGAGGCGCUGCAGACAGUCCGUGCCCAAUGUUGCAUGUGGAAAAGAGGGACACGUAUGUUGCAUGAGAGAUUCAGUUGUCGGUCGAAACAAAAUCGGCAAAAGCGACGGAGCCCAGAGAAAUCAAGCGAAAACGAAGAAACAAAUUUAUAAUAAGAAAAAGAUCCAAACACAAGGCUCCAAGAAAUGUACGAAGGAUUAUGGGAGAUGUAAGUCCAAGUGCCGCGGUCAUUCUGAUAAAACAAGAGUGUCCCAACGGUAA